AUGGAUAUCUUGACCAACCCUGCGUACCGUCCGGUGCUUGAAAUCAUCAGAUCAGCCCGUAAUGGGUUAGUAUACGGCGGAAAGAUUCGUUUCUCGCAUGCUUUGGUGAUUUCACUCCUUUAUCGACUGGGACCGUUGCGGCCACGAAUGAACCUGGUGUUCAGAGCAACAAAAAACCAUGCGGUGGUGCUUGCACUGUUUGCAAUAAUUUAUAAAUUGGCCCAAAAAGUUUUGCUGAAUGAACAAGUGUUGGGGCUGUCGAAUCCAUACCUCACGAAGUUCCUUGCAGGGGCUAUCGGAUCGUUUUUCGUUUACUCACACCAGUUCCCCUGGUUCAACCAAGGAAUCACCCACCAAAUUACCUUAUAUUGUUUCCUGAGGGUCUUAAUAGCGGUGGGCAAGAUUGCUUUGGAUUGGAUCUUGGACGCGUAUCAACCGUCGUUCGCCAACUAUGCAGGUGACCCUAUCUUAUACUCCCAGUUGCUGAACCCUCAGCAACACAAACUUAAGGUCAAGUUAUAUAACCGCAGUUGGAAGUACUUUGCCAUCUUGACGUGGGCCUUGGUGAUGCUAAUUUACGAUUGUCAUCCUGAGUAUUUGCAAUCAUCUUUGAGACACUCAAUGGCCUAUAUUUAUGAUGUUGAAAACGACUCUUGGCCAACGUGGAAGGCCUUCUUCGGAAUAUAG